UCAGAUUCAGAAACGAAGGAGAGAGAGAGGGGAGCUGAGACAAAAUGGCUGACAGAUUUUCAAGGUUCAACGAGGAACGUGAUUUCCAGGGUGGGAAUCACUUUGACCAGUAUGACGAGGGCCAGUUGGAGUUGGAACAGGCCUCCCUGGACAAGCCCAUAGAAUCGGAUAAUAUCGGCCAUCGGCUACUUCAGAAACAUGGCUGGAAGCUGGGACAAGGCCUUGGCAAAACGAUGCAGGGACGCACCGACCCUGUACCCAUCAUCGUCAAAUAUGAUGUCAUGGGGAUGGGACGCAUGGAAAUGGAGCUGGACUAUGCAGAGGAUGCAACAGAGAAGCGGCGCGCAUUGGAGGUGGAAAAAGAGGACACCGAGGAGUUGCGGCAAAAAUACAAGGAUUACGCAGAGAAAGAAAAAGCCAUCGCGAAGGCUUUGGAAGACCUGAGAGCUAACUUUUACUGUGAGCUAUGUGAUAAGCAGUAUCAGAAACACCAAGAGUUCGACAAUCACAUCAACUCUUAUGACCAUGCGCAUAAACAGAGGCUGAAAGAGCUAAAGCAGAGGGAGUUUGCCCGGAAUGUGUCCUCACGUUCCCGUAAGGAUGGAAGAAAGCAGGAGAAGAUGCUGCGCCGGAUACACGAGCUGGCGGAGCAGAGGAAACAGCAGGACUGUGUACCUGGUAGCGGACCAAUGUUCAAGCAAACCACAGUGGCAGUUGAUGGAGAAGAAGGUGGCUUCUCCAGCAUUGAUGGUGUUCCUAUGACCCCAGAUAGUGGGAUGGAGGAAUCUUCCGGAGAGGAUAAGGGAAAUUCUGGUGGUUUUGGUCAAAGCUCCCCAAAACCGGGACCAACCAUCAGUUUCUCACUUCGCAAGAACACUUCCUCACCUGUACCAAGUGGAGGAUCCCACACUCCCAAAGUUAGCGUGUCCUUCUCCUUUGCCAAGAAAGCACCUGUUAAACUCGAGACAGCAGCCGCUGUGUUUGCAGACCAUGGAGAAGAAGCGGUGGAAGGAGAAGAGGGCCAGGAAGAGGGAGUUGAGAAGAUGGCAGGGGAGGAAGGAGGUACAACAUCCAGCACUGACAGCCCACGUAGUGCAUCAGGUGGUGUGGGUGGAGGAGGGGAUGAGCAGGCACAGUCUGAUGAUGGAGGAACCCUGGCCUCCACCCUUAACAAGCUGAAGAUGAUGAUGACGAAGGAGGAAGGUUACUCUGGUCAGGAGCCGCAAUAUUAUCACUAUAUGCCUCCUGCACAUUGCCGGGUAAAGCCUCAUUUCCAGUUUCUGCUCUUCAUGAAGGCGUCUGACCAGUGUGGUAGUCGGGAGGAGGAAGAGGAUGGGGAGGAGGAGCCGAAAGCAGAACAGGCGGAAGGAGACGCAGGACAAAAAGAGGCUAAAGACAACGAUUGCAAAUCGGAGAAAGGCGCUGCGAAGGAGCCGAGUACAAAUUCUGCUUCGUCGCCCAAUGUAAAAACGGAAGAGGUAUCGGAUAACGUCCCAGGAAUAGUGAGCAAUGCGGCUUCCUCAAGCGCGGCUUCCUCGAGCGCGGCUUCUCAGCCCACUGAAGCUAAGCAAGGGUCGUCUGAGCCUCAAGACACUGGCCCUCGCAUGCCAACAGGACCCUUUUUUCCUGUUUUGAGUAAGGAUGAGAGCACAACCUUACAGUGGCCCUCCGAACUCCUGGAGUUCACCAAGGCCCAGCCUUCGCUGUCCUACAGUUGCAACCCUCUUUAUUUUGAUUUUAAGCUUUCCCGGAAUAAAGGCAACCGAGGGGUCAAGGCAAACAAAGUUGGUAAACCAGCGAACGCUGAUGGUGGAGAGGGAUCCAAGCCAGAAGAUACCACCAACACUGCAGCCACAAGUAGAGAAACUAGCACAGCACCACCACCACCACCACCAGGUGCCAACACUGACAAAAAAGAUGAAUCUUCCUCGAAGGGAAAGACUGCAGAGGAUGAGAACAAAGACAAGAAGCUAGAAAACGCUGAAGAUGGAGUUGGAGGAUCUAAGAAAAAGAAAAAGAAGAAGAAACACAAGAAGUCAAGCAAGAGGGCCAAACGAAAAGAGAAAGCCGAAGGGGAGAUGGAGAUGGAGACAGACACACCAGGGGAGAAGACCAAAAAGAAAAAGAAACACAAACGAAAGAAAAACAAAAAUAAAGUAUGCGCCGAGGAAGAUGACAAAGCAGGAGAAAGCAAAGAACAGAAAGACACGGAUGACAAAGGCGGAACCAAUUCCUCUGUCCAGCCCACUUUGACUUCAGAUGGAGGAAAGAGAAAACGGCUACAUAAAGAAGUGUCGCAAAGGGCAGUACCUCAAGAGGGCAGCACAGCAAAGCCCAAUUCGUCAGAGGAGCACAGCGGUACAAAACGUCCCAAACCUGACCCAAGCACGUCAGUGGCGUCCUGCUCUGCUUCUGCCCAGAAGAGCCCUGUGGGUGGUCGACCACCGACGAGCGAAAGUGACGACGAAGAUGGAGGCUCUGCAUCUCGGCACUCACGCCGUCUUCACCGCCACGCGACCCCUCCGCGUGAACGACGUCGCAACAGUGAAGACUCUGGAAAGUCCGGUCGCUCACGUAGUCCUUCCUCUCGCAGAGGUGAUCGUAAUCAUCGGCGUAAUAGAGGUCAAACGUCUUGUAGUCGGUCGUAUUCAAGUAGCUCUGAGCAUUCCUCGGCAGGAAGUAGUGCUUACAGUCGCCGCAGCCACAGCUACUCGGACAGCUAUAGUGACUACAGCGAUGGAGAACAUCACCGCAGGACAAAAAGACGGUCUUCAGACUCUGAAUACGAGAGGAGAGGCGGUGGACGGUCACGCAGACGGCAUUACUCCUCCUCGUCUUCAGGAGAGGACUCUCGUUCGCGGUCACGGUCACACAGCCGCAGAAAGCACCAUAGACGGAGACGUCGUCGCAGCAGCAGCCGCAGUUACAGUCGUAGCAGCAGGAGCAGCAGUGCUCGAUCUUACCGACACAGCAGCUACAGCCGCAGUCGCAGCUCUGCCAGUCGCUCGUCCAGCUCCCCCAAAGGCUCGCCGCACCGGCACGGUCACAGCCGACGGGCUGAUAGCUCUUCACGUCGACGUGAUUUUAAUCGCUCUCGUAUCUACCGAUCACAGUCACCGAGGUCUUCCUCGUCCCGUGCACAGCCACGAACCAACAACUCGACACAAGCAACUAGGGGAAGUGGGGGAGGAGGAGGCGCUUCAGAGCAUCGGAAUUCGCUCACAGCACGACAGCUUCUCGAAAAAGUACAGUCUCGCAAGGGCGGUGACGAUUCUGGAACAGGAAGCAAACCGGGCACCAAAAUUAAGGAUCCUCCACAGGGCUACUUUGGGCCCAAGCUACCCCCUGUACUUGGAAACAAGAACAUGUUGCCCCUUUUUGGUAAGCUGCAAGCAGGAAAGAAACCUCCAUUACUUUCUGUCAUGCGAACAGACGAUGGGGAAAAGUCAGGGCUUGGAAAGGCUUCCGAUACAAGUAAUGAGGUGAUUCUGGUGGAGCCCAUUCGUGAGUUUCCUCCACCACCCCCACCACCACCUCCACCAGUCCAGCAGCAACAGGUGGAAGAGCCCAUCUCGACUACCGCGGCCUCGGACGAGGCCCGAAACCAAGUCUCAGAACCCCAAGUGCUCCAUGAAUCACGGCCAGCGUUUGAGCAGGAUUCGGCUAAAGUUAUGCCCGCGUACCAAGGUGAUCCUGGACAAGACCCCAACAACCCAAUGAUGGACGGAUGUAUUUUGGGAUCCGACAUGGGCCAACAAACAGCCAUGCACGCCUAUCAAGCCUACCCGGUGCCCACUAUGGAAGAGGAGGACAUUGGCAUGGAGGCUGAAGAGGACGGCCUGGCACCACUGGAAAGCCAGCCCAUCACGUUUACCCCAGAGGAGAUGGAGAAAUACAGCAAGCUUCAGCAAGCAGCGCAGCAACACAUCCAGCAACAGCUUCUGGCAAAACAGGUGAAAACGUUCCCCUCGGCCGCGGCCGCUGCAGCAGCAGCUAACUUAGCAGCUGCCGUCAGCCUUGCCCCCGCACCUCCUCCGCCACCUGCUGCUCUACAACCGAUCCACAUACAACAGCCUGCUGUGUCUGCAACUUCAGCCACAUCCAUUACAACGGUACAGCAUGCCAUACUGCAGCAUCAUGCAGCUGCAAUGGGCAUCCACCCUCACACUCCACACCACGCCCAUCCGGCUCACGCUCAGCUCGCCCAAGUACACCAUAUACCCCAACACCACCUUACCCCCAUUUCUUUAUCACCUUUGGGCCAUACUUUAGGCCACGCUUUAGGCCACUCCUUAGGGCACACUGGCCUGAUCCCAGCUCACCAUUCUGCCUUUCUCCCUGGGCAGCCAAUCCACAUCAUCCCAGCGUCUGCGCUCCACCACGCCCCAUUAGCUUUGCAUCACAUCCCCCACGCAGCCCUUUACCCAACCCUCUUCGCACCGCGACCAGCCACUGCAGCUGCAGCAGCAGCUCUGCAGCUCCACCCUCUUCUUCAUCCCAUUUUCUCAGGGCAAGACCUUCAGCACCCUCCUAAUCACGGCUCCUGAGACGAAGCGCAUUCUUUCUCGACAAAGAGAAGUCCUUCCUUCUGUAAGGAGUCUGAGGGGUAGCCUCGCUUCUGGGUAUCAUCCCUUUUUACCCCCAUCAGUGGUUGCCUCUCAAACGUUGCAUCAGUUGGACAGAUAAAAGGACCAUAAACGUAAUUGUAGGAAAUCCUGGCUUCUUUAUAAUGGAAAAGUAAAGGAGGAGGAAGCUGUGUGAGACGUAGUCCCAAGAAACCGUUUCUGAACAAUUGUACUUUUGACGAUUUAAGUUCUCUUUUUAACCAGCUGUUAAGCCCACCACUGGAGGGGUUUUUUUUUUUUUUUUUUUGGGUAAUAGUCCGUUAAACUAUUCUUGAUCCUAUUUUAACCCUGCAACCAAAGAGACUUACUGUGGAUAGUAACGCACGUGGUGCAGGCAUAUAAUCAAGAAUUCUCGUCAACCUAUUUUCUUCUCCAAGUGAAGAACCAAACCAAGAACAGGAAUUACGUGAGAGGGAUUGAAGCCAUAUUUCAUACCUAAUGCAACUUUAAAUUUUGUUUGUGGUGAAUCCACGAUGAAGAAACGUGAACACGGCUGAGGCGCUUAACAAAACCUCGAUGUCGGAUGAUGUUGACGUUCGUUCUGUUACACUGUCUCGGGUCGCUCGUACGCUCUGACGGACCUAAGUUGCACUGAAAAACGGACAUCACGAUGCUGCUUUUGCAUCAUGUAAGAACUGUAUGAUUGUAGUAUUCUGCAAUAAUUUUAUUUUUUAUUUGAUUUUAAAUUAUUUUCCAGUUUUUUGAGCUUUCCCUUGUGUAAUUAAAUCUUUGUAAAUAGUUAUCAUAAAGUAUUGUAAAAUAAGACGCCUUUGUAACUGUUUAAAAUUAGUACGAAAGAAUGAAUGGGAGGGGGAAAAAAAAAGAGGGCAUGAAAAUGGAUAAUUUCGAUUAGAGCUGGGACAAUAGCACGUGAACCUGCUGUAACUGGAGUGGUCAACGGGUGAGGUGGUAUGGUAUAUGAUAUGAUAUAUGGAGGGACUGGUUUGGGGCUUUUGCUGCAUCAUGAAUGGAGUAAAUAGAAGCAACAAUAUUUACUUUUUUAUUCUUUAUUGAUGUGUCAGAAAAUAAAGCAUUUUGAGACCUAA